GCUUUGUGCCCAAAUCGUAUAUGUGGCAUAAGGACUUACAUUUCAUUUAACAAUUUGCUAGACUAGCAAGAACUCUUCCGAAAGUAAGAAAAGAACAAUUAAUUGAGUGAAAAUAUGUUGGUGUCUUGGGUGCGACUGGCCACAGUGGGUGCACGAAUCGGCUUGAAAAUUGGCCAGCGGAAUGGAGCUCUGCUACAAGGCCAUCCGACCGGCAUGGCAAAGUUUCCACUGCAGUUGCGUUGUCUUCAUGUCGCUGGCACGCUCGCCUGCAAGGGCAGCGACAAAGAUGGCCAGGGCAAGAAUGAUGAUUGCGAUGAUCCGUGCGAAGUGGAAAAUGACAAGGCAGGCGAUUCCUGCGAGGAAACUCCACCCAAAUUGAGGGAUCCUUGCGAGCAGGCCAUGAAGGCGCCUAUCGGCAAGGGUUCGGAAGAAACUUGCGACUCAGGAGACUCGUCAGAGGAGAAAGGAAAGGGAUCGGGUAUUAAACUGGAGCACAAGGGUCGCGAGGGCUACAUUCACGCUGUCAUCGGACCCGUCAUCGAUGUAUACUUUCCCGAUGAGAUUCCUGAGGUCCUCAACGCCAUGGAAGUGGUGGAUGCACCCAUUGGACGUCUGGUCCUGGAGGUCUUCCACCACCUGGGCAACAACAUCGUACGCUGCGUGGCCAUGGACGCCACAGAGGGUCUAAGGCGUGGCCAGAAAGUCAUCGACACGGGCUAUCCCAUUCGCGUGGCGGUGGGCAAGGCCGUCCUGGGGCGCAUCCUCAAUGUGGUGGGCGAUCCCAUUGACGAGCGCGGCGAAAUCAAGAGCGAGCACCACUCGUUCAUCCACAACGAGGCGCCCUUGCUCACGGAGCUGAGCGUAAAGCCGGAGAUUCUAGUGACCGGCAUCAAGGUGAUCGAUCUCCUGGCCCCCUACGUUAAGGGCGGCAAGAUUGGUUUGUUCGGUGGAGCCGGAGUGGGCAAGACGGUGCUCAUCAUGGAGCUGAUCAACAACAUUGCCAAGUCGCACGGCGGCUACUCCGUGUUUGUGGGAGCCGGCGAGCGUACUCGCGAGGGCAACGAUCUUUACCACGAGAUGAUCGAGUCCAAGGUCAUUUCCCUUGAGGACGACACAUCCAAGGUGGUCCUUGUCUUUGGCCAGAUGAACGAGCCACCCGGCGCCCGCUCCCGUGUGGUGCUGACUGGCCUCACCAUCGCCGAGUAUUUCCGGGACAUCGAGGGGCAGGACGUGCUGCUCUUCAUUGACAACAUCUUUCGCUUCACCCAGGCCGGGUCCGAGGUGUCGGCCCUGUUGGGGCGCAUUCCAUCUGCCGUGGGCUACCAGCCGACACUCGGCACCGACAUGGGCACCAUGCAGGAGCGCAUCACCAGCACUCGCAAUGGAUCCAUUACCUCGGUGCAGGCCGUCUAUGUGCCCGCCGAUGAUCUGAGCGACCCUGCGCCGGCGGCCACCUUCUCCCACUUGGACGCCACCACAGUGCUCUCGCGUCCCAUCGCCGAGCUGGGCAUAUAUCCAGCUGUGGAUCCUCUGGACUCGUCCUCCCGCAUCCUCGAUCCGGAUGUGGUUGGGGAGGAACACUACAACGUGGCCAGAGCCGUGCAGAAGACACUGCAGGGGUACAAAUCGCUACAGGACAUCAUCGCCAUUCUCGGCAUGGACGAACUCUCCGAGGAGGAUAAGAUCACAGUGGCACGGGCACGCAAGAUCCAGCGCUUCCUCUCGCAGCCGUUCCAGGUGGCAGAGGUGUUCACCGGCUCCCCGGGCAAACUGGUGCCCAUCGAGAAGUGCGUGGACGGGUUCAAGCGUCUGCUCAACGGCGAGUACGAUGACAUUCCGGAGAUAGCCUUCUAUAUGGUUGGCGAUGCGGAUGAGGUGCUGGCGAAGGCGAAUAAAUUGGCCGCCAGCAUGGCAGGAGAUGUGGAUCCGCCGCCGCCACCAAAGGCAGCCAAGAAGGAAGAGGCCAAAAAGGACGAAAAGGGAGCCACGGGCAAAGAUGCCCCCAAGAAGGACGAAAAGUCAAAGGAUGCACCCAAGGCAGAGGCCAAAAAGGGCGAUGCUCCAAAAUCCAAAGACCCUCCUCCAAAGGGUGAUGCACCCAAGGGAAAGGGGGAUUCUCCGAAGGACAAAAAGUAAUCUUCCAAAACAACCAAAUAAUUUAAUAAUUUCAAAAAUAAACGUAACAUA